CUAAUCAUCCUGUAACUCAUCCAACUAAUCAUCCUGUAACUCAUCCAACCAAUCAGCCUGCAGCUCAUCAAACUAAUCAGCCUGCAACUCAUCCGACUAAUCAGCCUGUAACUCAUUCAACUAAUCAGCCUGCAACUCAUUCAACUAAUCAGCCUGCAACUCAUUCAACUAAUCAGCCUGCAACUCAUUCAACUAAUCAGCCUGCAGAUAAUACAAAUGCUCACUCAGCAGGAGGAGAUCAAACUUCAACAACUGACCCUUCUCAUAAAAUUGGAGGAGGAAAUCAAACUUCUACAACUGACCCUUCUCAUAAAAUUGGAGGAGAUCAAACUUCUACAACAGACCAUUCUCAUAAGAUUGGGGGCGGACCUCCAACUGAUAAUAGUCCUCACCAGGCAGGAAAAGGAGUUACACCAAUUGACACUAAAGGUGUUUACACCACACCACACGUGCAAUUCCCAUCGUUUUAUGACUUUAUGUUUUAUACCCAAUCAAUAAUUGCUACUGGAUGGCUCUCGUUAAACCUAACUUCUGAAUACCGACGAUUCACGUCAACAUUCUCAUGGGCGUGUGGACAAGGAUUUAUCAAUUUUGACAUUCUCACUUCCACUGCAAAUAAUUUACGUUCUAGUAUUUGUAAUAUUAUUAAUGUCAUGAAUGUACCUUCAGUUCCAGGAGCAUGUGUUGAUCAGAAAAAUGGAUAUAUGUUGCCACCAGUAGGGUCAGAUUCUAGUCUUAUAUUUGGUUCAACCUUUCCCACUAAUUCAACACAGUCCAUUCAUAGUCCUAACGGAUUUGAUUCUUAUGCUCAAUUAAUUGGUGUUCCUGUAGAAGACCUUCCUUUUAUAUCAAUGAUUGGAUUCUUAGUUAUUAUUGGGAUUGCGAUAACUACAGUUCUUUUGAGUACUGGUAUUGCUUUAAUACUUUUAAAAUAUAAAUAUAAACAAAAUCCACCUGUUUCCUUGGAGAACUUGAGGGAUAAUUCACAUUUAAUAUUACAUGGUGGCGUUUUGCGUGUGGUAAAUAUAUAUGCUUCAUAA